AUGUUGCGCUGUGGAUGUCUCAGACUUUCCCGAGGUCUUGCCUACUUACCUAAGGGGAGAUCAAGCCAGGUUUUUUCAGAAUCGUCGAACUUUAAGAGGUAAGUCGGUGAGUAGUAACAAUGCUAAUUCAUCAUUCGCACGGAAUCUUUUAGACAGUAUUGUCCUUUGAAUUCGAUAGAAUAAAACCUUUCACUCUAAAUUUUUUACGUCGGCUUAGGUAGCCAAGAUCAUAUUAUUUUUAAAACCGUGUUAUUAGACCGGUAGAUAGCGUGGAAAUGUUGUAUUGACUGUUUUGCGUAACUUGACAACAACUGUUUCUCAGCUGUUUCCUUAUGUAAUAGAACUGACGUGUUGUUCAUAAGUGAAAGUAUAUAAACGUGUCACAGUUUGGUCCCCGAGUGUAAGGUGGUGACAUGAGUCGCUUUCGCUUUUGAGCAAUAUUAUUUAACGUACACGUAUCUGCUGUCGUCACAUUGAAAUUGAAUUGAGGAAACUAGAAACGUGGUGGGGGGGCGUGAUGUAGGUAGGGCCUGUUAAAAAUUCCCCGAUUUUUCCCUAUGAUCGUUUUGGCCGUUUAUUAUUAAUAUUAUUAUUAUUAUAUCACUGCAAACAUUUCUAUGAAAAUAGUGAAAAUACUUUUAUAAAUGUAAGCGAACCCUCCUGGAGUUGAAUUCCUAGGGACCAUACCCAAGUUCAGAAAGGGAAAUAGCAUUUCAUCAUUGUUUGUUUACGUACUCCAUAAAACGCGAAAUUAGGCAUUUUCACGUCGUAGUCGUGCAAAAACGGGUAAAGAAAUGUACAAACGAGCCUGAUGCACGUGCAAAGUUGUUGUUUUGGUUAUAAAACCUAUUGUUUUUAUGACGUUUUCAUGUCAUAAAGUUAACAAAGUCAUGCAAUCAUUUUUUGCUCAACGCUGUAAACUAUUUAACCAUUGUAUUUUACAUAAAAUGUGCCGUGGCAUAUUCACAUAAUUGUUCCUUUUAUUUUAAGGCUUAUCUUGCCAGCCAUAUUGCUAGGGUAGGAAGAAUAAAAUGUAUUUCAGUUGAAAACAUGAAGUAAAAGGACAAAACUUUUGAACAUAUAAUUGAAGUUAUUAUUCAUUCAAAAUAUUUCUCCGUUUCUGAUUGGCUAAGCGAUAUGUGAAAAAUGACGUCAAUUGUGCAGCAAAACUGCCAGAUUAUUGAACUGUUAACCGAGAAUACCUGGGGAUGAUCUUGGUAGUGAGUGCAAAAUGGCGUAACAUUUCACUCCUUUCACGAGGAAGAAAUAGGCGAACUGUUGGCUAAAAUAAGCAAGAACAGCAAGAAGACAACUUCACAGGCAACAUCUGCUAUUGGAGAAUAUUUGUAGAACUGAACAACCCUUUAUCUCCUAAAGUUGCCCAUAAACAUGCACUAUUGAAGAUGAACUUAACAUUGAUGGAGGUACAUGUAAGCAUGUUAAACUUUUAGCUUGUUUUUAAACUAGGAAUUAUUUUGAAUGACUAAUUAAACAACUAUUGAAUUCAGCUUUUGUAUCAUCUGAAGCAUGAUGGGGAUCUCGGAGGAAUCAAUGUCGGCAGAUAACACCCUCCUCGAUCUCAAUAAUUCUUCAGAUCAUACUCAGCCUCAUUCAAUGAUUGUUAAUUACAGAUAGCAAUGAGAGAUUUGACCUGGUGAGAUAAAAAUCUUGACCAGGUCAUAGACUGAACUUUCUAUUGGUUUAAUGGUAUAUUAAGCCUAGUAUAUACAAUAAUAAUUUAUUUUACCUAUUCAAUAUUUUAUUUUAUUAUCUUUUAUGUAGAGUCGUUCUUCUUGGUUCACCAAACACAAAACAUGGGUAUGCCACAGAGGCAAAGGUGUGUACACUGUAUGAUAUCUACAGUCAAUCUCCAUGAAGAGUUUUGUUAUUAUUAACAGUCCAAGAAUAUAGAAUUUUGUUGGUAAAUGUGUAGUGGGAGCACUGUGGGUAUUGAAGCUCAGGUCAGACUGUAGCCAUGAAAAAAAUUGCCUAAAUUUCAAACUAAAGCACAGAAAAGCUCUUUUGUGUGGGAGAGAGAUGCAGAUUUGGAAAGACUCCUGGAUAAUCCAUUACAGUUGGCUCUGUUCCUUACACUCAAACUGAGCUGGGUAGGAAAUUAUGUUUGUAGCAUACACAGUAUAUACAGGCAGUGUUCUCACCAGGCUGUGGCUUUGCCGAAUUCCCACAAGAAAAUCUGAGAUGGUGCAUAAAAAGCCAAGAAGAUGCACCUGCACAGGGGCAUGCUAUGAGUCAAACAGACUUUGGAAUGUCUACAGUUAAGUAGUUUUAAUGGUCAACCUAACACCCCAGCAUUUUGCUUGGUCAAAUGAAUAAAAAACAUGAUAUCAAAAGAUUCAAAGUCUUUAAUUUUAUUUCGUUUUGUUGUUCUUUUUUGUUGUUUUUGUUUUUAUUAAUUUUUGUUAUUCUUAUAACUUUGUUGGUCCCACGUACAUGUACAGUGUACAUUGUGAAGAUUGGUGCAUGCAUUGUUAUCAAAUCAUAAAGUACCCCAUCUGCUAUAUUGGAUCUGGUAGUUCCUUCAUGUAACAGAUCAUUUGGAGCACAGGCUCAGGUUAUCCGGGCUCAGGUUAUACCCUUGUCCCCCUAAUGUUUUACAGUCCCUAUUUCUCAACAGAGGGGGCCCUGGGACUCCCCAAGGCAAAAUCCUGGUGAGAACACAGCACAGGGUAUGUGCUUUGUACAGUGUACCAUGGUUGCAUUAUCACAGCUUUAUAGAGUGUAAAAAGUCACUAACUCUGUCUUAUUUACUACUUGUAGCCCACAGAAUCAAAAUCAUUUGUCAUGGGAUUAUUUAGAGGAAAUCCAAAAGUGGAGCAAGUGUUUCCUUUUCCAGAAGGUAAAUUUAAGUGUCGAUUUCACAGUCAGAUUUCAGCUACACACUCAGUAUGUAAGUUUCAUUUGAUGAUAUUGUUAAAUUACUUCUCAUUUUUUUAUGUAUAUGUUGUAGUUAAUUUUUUAUCUCAGGUAAUUUUUAUUUUUCUUUUGUUUAAACUUCAUUAGCUUAUAUUAUCAUACUCAAGAACAAGAGAAAAACAAAAAUUAACAGAGAUAAAAAAUUAACCAUAAUGUAUGCAUGUUUUCUGCCCCCCAAAAAACUAUUUAGAAUGAUCUAUACAUGUAUUAUAAAUUUUAGGCAUAAAAAGUAUCGCUAUUAAAACAUGACUUUCCAGCAAGGACAUGUCACCAUUAUCAAGUUAUUUAUUUAUUUAUUUUUUUCUUUAUUAUUUUAUUUUUAUUCAAUAUCACAUUUUUCCCCCAUAGUCUUGGACUCAGAGCAAGAAAGUGUACUACAAGCAUAUGUAGAUCCAGUGACCAAGUUUUUUGAGGUUGGACAUAAUUACUUUGCAACAGAUAUUGUUCAGCAACAAUUAUCAGGCUGCACAUAAAUGAAGAAAGUACAUACAGUUCUUUACCUCAAACCUUAUUAGCAUGGAUGCUACAUAAAUACCACACUAUAUUUAAUAGCACCUUGUACAUGUAUAAUGUUGGAUUAUACAUAGUUGCACAUGUAGAAUGAAAAUGGUCAAAUUUUUAUAACCUCUGAGAGGUAAUAGUGGUUAAUACCAUGAUUCUUUUUAGGUAUGGUUUUGUUUUAAUACUAACUGGUACUAACCAUCCAGACAGUUAUUAUAUUGUGGUACAGAUUUUUCUUAUUUGAUUUCACUUAUUUUCGUUGUGCCCAAUGCAAACCACUACCUUACAGUCAAGCCAGGUCAAGUGUACCACCAAGCUCCCAUUAAUGAAUUUAUUAUUCGAAAGUUGAAUCCGUUGGUAGUUGUAGAUUUCAGAUUCAUCUCUGCAUUCUUGCAUGCGUAAUGAGCCGUGAAUUCACACGCGAGGCAGUUACGAAAUUUCUACCAGCUCAGUUUCCUGAAUUUGAUGUAAAUGUCUUCUAAGAAAUAUAAUCCAUUCGAAGAUUUUCAAUCUGACCUAAUACAGAGAAGUUCUCGUUAGAUAUUCACUGCUCAUUACGCAAGCAGAAAUGCCGCUUUGAAUAUGACAAUAGAUACGGGAACCACUAACGGAUUCAUUUUUCAAAUAAUCAAUUCAUGAAUAGAAUCUUGGAGGGUGCGCUUGACCUGCUUUGACUGUAAUAUGGGACGAAAAAAGACAAAAACAAAAAAAAUCUGGUUUCAAAUGAAAAUGAAAUUUGUAAACCAAACCAAGUUAACCACGACAUUAUGUGAAGUGUAAUUUUACUUUCUAAAAUGUCAAAUUGUAUUUGAUUGUAGUUAUUAAUUCAUUCAUUUCUGUCACUUGCAUCUUUGAUCAUGUAGGAACAGAAUGACCCUAUGAAAAAUGAUGAGUUGGAAAAAGUAGAAGAUAGCACAUUGGCAGGUCUGAAGGAAAUGGGUGCUUUUGGUCUGCAGGUAAAUUUAGGUCUACAGUAUAUGUUCCUACAUAGUUAUAUAUUGGCAUUCAGAUGCAGACCUAUUAAAAACUUGGAUGAGGCUAAAAACAGUAUGGCAUACCAGACACUUUACUGUCCAUUAUCCACAGAUGGAAGAGGGGGUAUCACCCCUGCACCUCCCCCCCCCUUCCCACUAGCAACCAAGACAAUGAAAAGAAAAAUUGCACAAUAAUAGUUUACGAAAGCCAAUUAAUUGUAAGUUAAUUUUUGUAUUGAUUUGAAACAGAUCCGGUAGAUACAUGUUUUUCAUAAGCUCUAAUAUCGUUACCUCCUGAUUACAUUGUAGGAUAUCUUCAAAACAGUUAUUUGCCAUCAUCAGUCAUCGAAUACAAAUCAGAACAAAAGUAUUCCAAAUUUGGUCAGCACUAAUAGUCCAUAAUGUUUAUGAAACAUUAUUGGGGGGAUUUCUUUAAGCAUAUCAGAAUUGGAGAAUUGUUUUGAGUGAACAACAAUCAUUAGUAUUAUUUGAUACUUCAACAUUCAAAAUGCCCCCUUAAAUCCCCCUCCUCUCACAAAGUAUUUACAAAACCACACUUACAUCAGUCAGGCGAGAGAUCAUUGUAUUUUGCAACUCAACUCUCGAUUCUUGAAAGUUUUGAGAAUCGAGAAUUGAGAUGCUACUGACUGUCAACUUACUUUUGAGCGGUACUGUACUUAAACAAUACUUAUUCCAUCUUAUAAUCUCAGGUGCCAACAGAUUUAGGUGGACUUGGUCUAACUAACACCCAGGUAAUUAUAAUCGUUUAAUAAGAUCUAAUAAGUAUUGCAAAUACAAGAAUCAAGUUCAAGUAUAUCAAAACAUGAGGAUGUUAACUAUUGCUUAUUUAAUAAAUUUCUAGUAUGCCAGGCUUGUGGAAAUCGUUGGUGCCCAUGAUCUGGCUGUAGGAAUCACUCUUGGAGCACAUCAGUCAAUUGGAUUCAAAGGAAUUCUUCUUCAUGGAAAUAAGGUGAGUUAGCUUCAUUUACAGACCUGUACACAUGAAGAUCUGUCUUACUGAAUACCGUAAAAUUCCGAAAAUAAGCCCCAGGGCUUAUAUUUUUCAAAGGCCCUUUUUUAGGGGCUUAUAAUUAUUCGGAGGGGCUUAUCUAUGGAGGGAAAUUUGCAUUUCAAAAUCGAUUGGGCUAGCCUUAUAUUUGGAAGUAAAUUUACGGUUUUUGCUUUGUUUUAUGUUGUAUUUGAGGGCAAUUUUCCAAGUACAAGCCCCCAGGGGACUUAUAUUUGGAGGGGUGAUUUAACGGAGGGUUUUUUGCGUUACCGAAUCGGGGGGCUUAUAUUUGGAGGUGCUUAUUUUCGGAAUUUUACCGUACCCUAAAUAUGACUUGUGUUGAAUUCUCUAAAUAGACUGUCCAUGUUUAAGAAUAAUACAAUUUACUUGUAUGCAGCAUGCAAAGAAAGAAGUGUCCGAUAGCCCAGGGCUAGUGGAUUUUGCUAUCGGGCUAGUGAAUUCUGUUUUUAACUUGCCUGAAGGGCAACCAAGUGAUGUUUUUUGAGGAAUUCAAAUAACAGAAGAACUACAAAAUCAAUUCUGCUCAUCAUAAAGCUUUAGGGGCUAGUUGAAAUGAUGUCUGGGCUAGUAAAUGCUAGCUUCAGCUUGCCCAAAUGGCCAGCUGUAAAAAUGAUUUUCUUUGCAUCCUGGUAUGUUAUAAUGAUUGUGUAUUGUAGACAGAAAAAUAAUUUAUUUUUUCUAUUUUUAAGGAGCAAAAAGAGAAGUACCUACCACUGGUAAGUACCAUUUAACAAGUUUUUGUUUCUUGUCUGAAAAAAUAAAGAAAAAUGAUACUCUGAUUUAUAGAAUUACUAUAGAUACGUGUAAAACUCUUUCAAUUCCCUUUUUAAUAUUCCUGUAGGUUGCUCCUUGUGAAAAAAUGGCAGCAUUCUGUUUAACAGAGCCAAGUAGUGGAUCCGAUGCAGGGGUAGGCUUUCUGUACUAUAACCAUUAAAAGUCAUGAAGCAUUUUUUUUUUGUUUCGCAACAAGAUGUUUACAGGAGGCAGCCUUGCCAAACAGUUGAAGGGUCUGAGUUCAUGUCCCACCCUAACCGCUAGCCUUAUUUGUUCUCAGUAGUCCUGAAUUCAACUCCUUGGUGGCACUUUUAAAAUAGCCAACUGGGUCACCUCAGUGGGGAUUCUUCCUGGUUAUUUUCCUUCUAAAUUUGUUUUAUCCCUGAAAGCGAUAUAUUAGCUUUUAUUUUUUAUUAACUAAGAUUGCAUCUGGAAUUGCAACUGGAUGGAAUGCAGCAAACGGGGUACAAGCAAAAGGACACAAGAUGUCUCUUUUCUGGUCACCCACCUCCUCAUACUUCAUCUUAACAUUCGCCCUAGACUUUCGCAAAGUCCUUCUAGGUCACACGGUUUUGUUUUGCUGUGUCACGUGUUUGGCUCGCUUCACAAUCUCGUUAAAGGCAAAAAGCUUGUGUCGCUUGCCUUAGGAUUACUGACAAAUUCUUCCCCUGUAUUGGUAUAAAAAGAGGUCAAGAGAGAAUGAUUUGAAGAGGUUUCUCUGGUACAAGUCAUUGUUCUCCUUAUCAGGCGGUAACCGGUAAAAUUUACUGUCUGAAGUAACACUUCUUACCGCCUGAAACCGCUUGAAGGUUUAUUAAAAUUAAGUAAGUUGUUUUAAAGAAUACGUAAAUUGUGAUCCGAUCUGAUCAAGGUAAUGAAUGAAUACAUGGAAGUGUACUAAAGCUUUACUAAAGCAUACACAGGUUUUCUUUUUAUGGGCCACGCAUUUUGGAAAGAGAGCAUUUGAAGACAGAGCACAAUUAUUAGAAUCAAACAUUUUGAAUUGAGAUAACAACAGCUGAUUUGCGUAAAAUAGGACUUCAAAUGAGGGGGAAUGACGUUUCAGAGAACGUAGCUCCUAAUUUCACAGCGAGGUCGAAGCCAUGUCCUUCACUCUACUACCCCCUCCCCUGGAAAGUGCGCACAUUUUUUGCUUUACCGGCGAUGAAUGGUCCCUUACCUACUGAGCUAAAAUUUAGGGAGAACGCUAACAAGUCUAAGUUCUAAAAGUACUUAACUUUCAUUUACUCUUCCUUUUAACAGUCUAUACGAACACAGGCUGAACUAAGCAAGGAUGGUAAACAUUACAUCUUAAAUGGAGGCAAGCUGUGGUAGGUACAUUACUAACCCUUUCAAAAGCUCUUAGAGUGACUCAGCAUGAAAUUUCUCCCUGUAAUAUCAAUGCUUUGGUCACAACACUAAUUCGUAAUGUACAGAUGUAAUGCCAAACCUUAAACACUUAAUGAAGUAAAUUACCUUACACAAAUGCGCGUCUUUACAUAAUUAUUAUUAAUUGCAUACUCUUAUUUGAAAUCACAGGAUCAGCAAUGGAGGAUUAGCCGAUAUUUUCACUGUCUUUGCCAAGGUAGACGAUCAAACUUAUGAUCUAACAGAACUUGAAACUACAUAAUAUAUUAUCAAAAUAAUCUUUAUCCGAUUAGGCUAGCGAUGUAAAUAUUAAAAUGUAAAUAAAUAUUAUUUAGAAUUAAAAAUGUAAAUAUCAAAAUGUUUGUCAUUACUCUUUUCAGACUCCCAUAACAGAUCCUAAUACAGGCGAAACAAAGGACAAAGUAACAGCUUUCAUUGUUGAGAGGGGGUUUGGUGGAGUAACAACGUAAGUUUUUAUCCAUUGUUGUCCUGUAUUUUCGGCUCACAUAGAGUAAGACCUACACGAUAUCUCUAGCAAAAAGGGUGUUGUAAAUUGAACAGAUUUUUUGACAUUCAGAGUUACACGUGUUCACAGAGCGACCAUCUCUUUGACUUUGGAUGUACUUUCUCUCCGAUCGAUUUGUUAUCAUUUCAUCCGAUUUGUGGUGAGAAGGAUCAUAAGUUUUCAUCCUAAUACAUACUCUAGUGACCGUACCUGCCGCAAAUGCCGCGACCCUACUGCCACGAUCAGUAGUCACUGCUGCUUUUUCUUGUCGGCAGCGACCACUCAAGGGGCAUCAUCAGCUAACGGUAUUAUAGACUGCGAAACAGUCGGCCUUUUUUCUCAAAAUCGCUUUAUCAAUGCGCGGCUCAGGGUUUUCAUUUCACCGCUCGCGCAUUCUCGACCUACACGUAAGCAAAAAAUUGGAAUGUUUUGCAGUCUUUGGUGGUAUUAACUGUUAGUAAGGGAUCGUGUAAACGGGUUGGUUCCCCAGUACUAUGUCAUCAAAACUUCAGUAGAAUUAAGCUGUUUUUGUCUCGUUGUUUUCAGUGGUCCGCCAGAGAAGAAAAUGGGAAUCAAGGCUUCCAACACUGCGGAGGUCAGUGCUCUCAAAACUGCAUUUAUCCAAGUUUUACGGCAGUUUUCAUGUAUUCAAAUGAUAAGGUCAGGGUGCGAAGAGAGACAGUUUUACAGCUUGUCAUUCGGGCCAGCUGUAGCUAGCAUUUGCUAGCCCAAUAGUCAUUUAAAUUAGCCCGAAAAUAUUUGUUGAUGAGCAGGAUUGAUUACAGUUCUUCUGUAAUUUGAAUUCCCCAAAAAAGUUCACUUGUAGUUGAGUUGAGAACAGAGUUCACUAGCCCUAUAGCAAAAUCCAUCAGUCCUGGGCUAUCGGACAAGCCUUCACGCUGAAGGUUCACAAAAGGGGACCCUAACGCUUAUCUCACCUUGCUAUAGGAAACUGGUUUUUCUAAUUUCAAUGAUGUGAAUUGAAGUGAAACCUCUUCCAAAAACGAAAACUUGAUUAAAGGGAAGUAAUGUAUGUCAAAAUGGAGAAAUCAGCGUAGCGAGAAGCACAGCCGUUUGCGGUGACGGUAGCAACAAAGACCGAGAAAAUAUUCUACAUAUGAAUUAGUUUAGUGGUUAAUGAUAUGUACAUUGUAAAUCCGCCGUCAACCUUCUUUUAUUUGUCAGGUCCACUUUGAUAAUGUUCCAGUACCUUUGGAAAAUGUCUUGGGAGGUUGGUUUAAUUAUAAUUUGAAAAACGUGUUGUUAACAUUCAUAGUUACAUUGUAGUAGUAACAAGUGAAUGGCAUUCUGUAGCUCAGGGAGGGUUAUCCAAUAUACACAGGUUUUUAAUUUGCUUUAUUAUAAGAGUAACAUGAUUCGUAAAAAACAUUUACAUAGUGUACAAUUUUGGUUGGUUUAUCUGUUGGUGAAGUAAAUGUCCCAUAUGAUCCCCUCACCUCCCACAUUACGUAUAGUUACGCCCCCACUUCCCCCCUUAAAACAGGAGUAAAAGAAGGUUUUAUUCCAGCCAACCAAAACACGAGUUUACAAUCAAGUGAACCAAUCACAUCUCGAAGGAAAAACAUGUAGCACGUGCUAUAAAAUUUAUUUAUUUAUUUAUUUAUUUACAUCCUGUCAGGUGUUGGUAAUGGCUUUAAGGUUGCCAUGCACAUUCUAAACAACGGAAGAUUCGGAAUGGCCGCUGCGCUUUCAGGGACCAUGAAGGGACUAAUAGCCAAGGCUGUAAGUACAUGUAGAUCUGUAUGGCCUUUGCACUCGGAUCGCAAUUAGGCGUUUUUUGUGGCUCUAUUUUCCCUUUUCGUUUUGGAUUUUUCUUUUUGCACUCGUGUUCUUUGGUUAGCUUGUUCGAGGCGUUCUGGUACAACAAACACAUGUACAGUAGCGGAAUGUGAUGCGAAAUAAAAUUAGGAGAGAAAGAACCCCUUGGCGGUGUUUUUUUUUUUUUUCUGCUUACGUGUCGUUGCGCUGUCCCCACUAACUGGACGGCUGGAACAGGCUAACAAUGGGUCGUUUAUUGGAAAGAAGUCUAUAAUAUUAUUUACACCUCGGAUUAAGAUCGUCCGGGUGAGGUUAGUCCUAGAUACAUGUACAUGCAGGACUAUUGUGGACAUUGCCUGACGUUGUGACAACCUGCGUUUAAUACUUUGUAGAAGUCAUCACGUUUAAGCGGGACAGUGACUUUCCUACCAGUUGUAAAAAGUCAGUCUCUCAUCAUAAGUUUUAGGGAUUACAAUCUUCCACACGAUGAUAAUGAUUUUAUAGCACAUGUACCUGAACUUCUGAAAUGUCUGUUUGGCUCAAAUCAUUUGCAUCGUUCAAAUGCUGUUGUUUGUUUUUUUUUUUUAUACCAGGCGGACCAUGCAGCAAGCAGAGUUCAAUUUGGCCAAAAACUGGAAGAGUUUGGUGUCAUUCAAGAAAAGUUAGCAAGAAUGGCCAUGCUUCAGUAUGUUACUGAGGUGCGCUACAGUAGAUUACCGUUAUGUGUGCGACACGCUUCAACCGAAAGUGGACUUGUAGCGUCAAGGCAUAUUAACCCUUUAAACCCCAAUAGUGACCAACAUCAAUUUUCUCCUAACAACAUCUAGUAAUUGUCUAGAGAUAAGAUUAUGAGAAUCAACAAAUGAUCACCAAAGAGAAAAUACCUUGAUCUGUUAUUAAAUUCUCUCAACUGAUUCAUAAAGGAAAUGUAUGGAGAUCAGUUUGGAGAAUUUGUAUGUUGAUAUUGGGACUUAAAGGGUUAAAGGUGGAAAGGUCUCACUUCCGGUUGGCGCUCGUCACUCAAAGACGUCGUUGCUUAAGUUCCCUAUUGUCAUUUGGGAGUCAGAUUUCAUUAAGUGUCAUCUUCUUCAUUUGUUGCUACGCUUAACUUGACGGGGUUUUUUUAUACACUUUUUUCCUUUUUGUUUCAGUCUAUGGCCUACAUGAUCAGUGCAAACAUGGAUCAAGGAGCCAUUGAUUUCCAACUCGAAGCAGCCAUCAGCAAAGUGUAUGCUUCGGUAAGUAUUGCAAGCAGUGCUGUCUGCCAUACAGUACAGUUGAAGCUCUAUAAUACAGACACCUCGGCCCCUAUUUCAGAUAGUUUACCCUUAUGAAAACCGGGACCUAUCUGUAAAAGUCAGAGCGCUUAGCUUGUCCCUUUGGUGUCGGGGCGAAGAUAAAAAAAGUCUGCCUGAAGCUCAACUAGUUUUGCUAACGGCAGUAGCAGGUUAAUGGAUUCAUUUGCCUAUUUUAAUUUUAGGAAGCAGCGUGGUUUGUUGCCGACGAGUGUAUUCAGAUUCUUGGUGGAAUGGGAUACAUGAAGGUAAGUAAAAUUAACAUUGUAGCGUCUAAUCAUACCUCGAAAGGUGUGUCGGAAAAAUCGUAUUUGGCUGCAUGAAGAAGGGUUUGAACGCUUAGUUCUCUAUCCGGUUGUUUUGUGUUUGGUUGUUGGUUUCUCUCAGUCUGUCUUAUACUGAACUUUGUCUUUGUUGUUGUUUUGAUGUUUCAAAGGACUGUGGAGCUGAAAGAGUGAUGCGUGAUCUUAGGAUUUUCAGGAUAUUUGAAGGCACCAACGACAUUUUGAGGUUAUUUGUUUCACUAACCGGUCUCCAGGUAAUCCACUGCAAAUUCUGUAAUUUUUUACACACAAUUAAUUUUGUCCAGUAAAAGACGACGCGCUAGAUAUUUAUUCCGCUACAAUUGCGAUAAACUAAAACCCUUUAUAUCAACUUGCCUUAAAACUAUCUUACACGUUCAAUGGAGGUCAAAAGAACUCAGGACACUGUGGAAAGACCCUUCCAAGUAAUUGUUAUAGAUUGUACAUAGAACUCUGCUCCUUAAACAGUCUUUUGUUCGACUUUGGGUUCAUCCCUUUAUUCUCCCACCCCCAACUCCCCUUCGACAACAUUGCCAACCCAAACAGACUAUUUUCCACCCAUUUUGCUCAAAAUUAAAUUUUGUUUGGAGUGUGAGAGGGGAGGUCGUCAGGUUUACUGAUAAUUAUCACUGGGAUGUUCCCAACACCUUUGACCUCCAUUGUCAACUGCAAUUCGAAAAAAAGCGCCAUCAGUUUGCUAUUUGAUUUGAUUCCUAUCCCUUGCUUUGCCCAACAGGACGCCGGCAAAUAUCUAAGAGAACUUCAAAAGUCGCUAAAAAAUCCAGCAGCCAACCUGGGACUAGUUGUCUCCGAAGGUUUAAAACGAUCAAAAAGGUACGUGUGUAUACGUUGUCGCCGAUACAGUAACUAUCGAUUUGACCACAAUCGUGGGGUCAUAGCCGAAAAAAUUUGUAAAACUCAGUUGACAGAAACAAAUUAUCUUCUAAAAGGGAAUGGUUACUGCUGCCUUAAGUAAAAAUUUUGCACGCCGUUGGACAAAGAAAUGUAUUAACUUACGUAACUUAGCCUUAGAGCUUGUUUUGCGCGGAAAUGUUGUAAGUGGAACGGGUUAAUUUUUCGCUUCGUUUGUUCUCUCUCGUGAAGAAAAUUAUAUUAAGAUUCCUGAGGAAGAGAAAUCUGUAGAAAGGACGACUCUUGAGAGUUGUCUCUCAGCAUCUUAUUUCUUCUUCUUGCUGUUUUGUUGUCGUUGUUGUGUUUGUUGCUGAUUAAUUUGUUUGUUUUGCGUGUCAAUAGGGCUGUUGGGAUAAAAUCAGGUCCUUCUCUAACAGAGCACGUUCACCCAGACCUAGCCUCGUCCGCUAAGCUGGUAAGGAGAUCUAAGCUCAAUUUUUUACUCCAAUCGAAGGCUUCAGACCCUGAUGAUUAAUAGAAAUGAAGAGAGAUGGGAAGGAACGAAAAGAAAAAAAUCUGAUGUGAAGCGAGUGUAGUUGGGAUGUUAGUGAAACGUGAAAAAAGGAACGAGAAACGGGAAACGGAGAAAUGAAACAUGGGAACAGUAUCUUAUGUAGUAUGUAAUGUUCUUAUUUUUCAUUUUCCCGUUUCCCUGUGCUCCUCCUCAUUUUUUUGUUCCUCGUUUUAGUAACAUUUCUUGAUAAUGCGUAGAAUUAAAGUUUUUUUUUCCGGUUUUCGGGUAUCAGCGGGUAAUGUACAGUAUUAAUAUUGAAACAAAGAAGAAAAAAUUUAAGCCAAGGCUAAAACUUAGCCUCAGUCCUUGCCGACUUUUGAAAUAAUUUUUUUUAGUGGUUAUACAUGAGCGUGAACUGUGAACUUGUGUCUUUGUAGGCUUCCGUGGCGGCGGGAGACUUUGCUGCAACAGCAGAAAAGUUACUUAUAAGACAUGGGAAAAAAAUUGUCGGUAAGCAACUGGAGAUAUCGUAUUAUCUUAACCAUUUGGUUUUUAAUGAUUAUGUGGGUCCACUUGCUGAGGAUACAGCACAUUAAAUUGUCAUAUCUAUUUUGACUUAAAAGUGAAGAAAAAAAAAGUAGAUAUAGAAUAAUCCCAUUUGGGGGGAAGGGGGGUUGUUUUAACUCCAUAUCUAAUCCAUAUUUGGUGGUAAAGUGGCUCUUAUUGCCGGAAGAGUUAUUGUUACCCUUCCUCUUGAUUUUAACUCUACCAGGAAGGAAAACAACUACUUCUUGGAGUUGAUUUUAAAUUUUCUUUGUAGUUAUUAUAGCUUUCGCUAAAGCGCCGCGGUUAGUGGCAGUUAAGUAGUAGUAGUAGUCCGUGAGCUCGCCUUUUCUUCAAGCAAUCGGAUUUCUUAACCGGCCGGUAACAAGCUUGUUCAGUCUUACGUUUUAUUUUUUCACAGAUCAACAGUUCUUAUUAAAGAGACUGGCAGAUGCUGCUAUUGACAUUUACGGCAUGGCUGCCGUACUUUCCCGGUAAGUAACUCUGUGACCUGUUACAGAGUUAGGUGAUUCACCACUCUGCUGUCCGAGCACAAAUUAAAGAAAAUAACCUGUUCUUCUGUAACUGAUCCCUCCAAUGUUGCAAUAACUGGCCAUGUUUUAAACGAGCGGGGAACUGGUACGACUUAUGACCGCAAAAGCUCUUGGGAUCGUUUGAAAAUGCUGCAAAAAAAAACAAACAAAAAAAAACAUGGAGUACAGCACCAAUCCACCUGUUAAGCGUUCCUCUUCAGGUUAUUCUUACGGACGAAUACAUAUCUGGUGCAUUUGGGUCCUUGGGGAUUAGUUGCAUUUCUGAAUCUGUUAUCGUAGUUUGGAACAGCACUUGUAGUGCGCCAUGUUGGUUGACCUUCAUGCUGUUCGGCCUCAAACGAACCCAAGAAGCUUUGCGGUCGUACCUAGUUUUUCACUCGCUUAGAGCACGGCGAAUAGGCCAUUUCUGAGUUCCCCCAGGUCUCUGUAUCAAAACGAGUGCUCAGCCUUUGAUGUGGAAAUGACUUUUCAUUCUCAUGCAAAUAAAACUCAUUUUGACAAGAAAGGUUUUGCACUUGGCCUCAUUUUAAAAGUGAGGGUUUCUGGAACUCGGAAGUGGCCUAUUCAGCUAUCUUAGACGUCAUGAACGAUCCUUCAUUUUUUCCCCGUUGCCUUUUUUUGCUACUGCCCUCUUUGUUGGUAAUGUUCUUUACAAUUAAUGCGACUUUUUAUUUUUUCUUUAGAGCGUCUCGGUCCCUCAACAACAAAGUAUCAACAGCCCAACAUGAAGCGAUUCUAGCACAAGUUUUCUGCGAUGAGGUAGAGUUAGUUUUGCAUUUUCAGUAUGUUCCGAGCUUCUUUUUUUCAGACGGUUAUACCUUAUGUAUGCUGAACUAUACUUUGCGAAAAUGACCCUUAAUCGUUUUACUGCCAAUAUUGAUCCAUCAGGGCUGAAUAGUCCUGGGGCCCGUUUCUCGAAUGUCCCACUAACUUGUCGGGACCGAAAUCACAUUUUCAAAUCGAAAUAUAAAGAAUGAGAGCGCGGGUCCUGGCAGGCAAACUAUUCCAUUUUGAUUCAUUAACUGAUAGUUUUAUCAUGUUAGAUGCAAAGAUAUUGAAAGCUCGAUCUUUAAUGUAAACGGAGACAGCAUACCGGGCCCGUUAAUUAUCGGGACUUUCGAGAACAGGCCCCUGGAAACUAAUCGAGCCAACUCAAGUCCUUUGAUGAAACAGUUCAUAAAUACACAAUGCGUACUUGACCUUGAUUCCGGUUAACUUUGCAGCGAAAUUUGGUGCUGCUGAUUUCAUUACUCACGAGAUCUGACAAUGAUCGGUGGGCCAGUGACGAUUAGUCCCUAGAGCGCGCGACAUGGGCGCGGAUGUGCGAGAAGCGACAGCCGUCGCCAUGAAACACCUAGCAAUGUCCAAGGGUAAACUCUUACUCAUGUCAUUGUUCUUAUCUUUGUAGGCUGCUGACCGGAUAAGACAGAGUCUAGACUCGUUACACGACUCCAACAAACUUUCCAAUGACACGAAAAUGGCAAGGAUAGCAACGGAAGUCAUAAGAAACAUGAACACAGUCCCUGCUCAUCCUCUUGGAUUCUAA